AUGGACGGUGUAGAAGUGGCAGAUGUACUAAGGUUGAUGGAAACGGUGAUGGUGCCACCGGAUAAGAACUGCUCUGAACGAGUCGACACACCUUCAGCUAGAGAAUUUCUUGCAAAUCUCGAGCCCUUCCAAAUAGUUCUAUUAGUGAUAGCUGCAGCGUUUACCACCGUCGUCUACUUACUAGCAUUUGUACAUUGGUAUUAUGUCUACUCGUUCGUUUCAAUUGAAACAAGAAGAAAUAAGCUUUAUUGGCUGGUCACACUGUUUCCAUACUAUUGUAAUUUUGACUAUGAAAAGCGAAUUAUACCUCAAAAACACCCAUUACUUCUCAAUUUGAUUCUUUUCCCUACUUAA